AUGGAGGAAAUAAAAUAUUUACCAGAUUUGCCGAAGGAAGUUUUAUUAAAUAUAUUUAGUUAUAUUGACUGGAGAUCUAUCAAUAAUUUAAUGAUAACAUCAAAAGAGUUAUAUUUUUUUAUCAAAAGAAAUUUUUAUAAAUUUGAAAAAAUUGUAAAAUUGUAUAGUCUUUGUAUUGAAGAAGUUUUAGAAAAAAAUAGUGAAAAGACUAUUCAAAUAACUUAUAUAAAUGUUAAACGUCAAACAGCAGUAAAUUCUUUUAAAAUAAUUUCAUUGAAACCAUCAGAAUUAAAUGUUUUUGAAAGUUUUUUACAAAGAGUUGAUUUUUCUGUUUUAAAAAAUUUGUUUAUUUUUCUUAAUAAUCAGACAAAUUUUAUUGAUGUUCUUAAUCGUUACAUCACCUGUGAAUCUGUUUUUAUAUGUAUUAAAAUUUUUUUAUGUGAUCAUGAAGGAAAUAUUCAUAUUCCAUUUACUUUGUUGUCAAAAUUUACAAGAGUUAAGAAUCUGAGUAUAUCAUUAGAUUAUCCCUUAAAAAUUGCACCUCCACCUAGUUUAUUUCCGAUUUCAAAUUCAUUAAGACAUAUUAAGAUUGAUGAAGGAAAUGGUGUUGAAAUUAUUGAUUUUCAUACAAUUCAAAGGCUUGUUGAAUCCAAUCCAGAAAUUUAUGAUAUUAAAAUUAACUCAACAUUAAAGGAUAAGUAUAGAGAUAUUGCUAAAGGAAUUAGAUGUGGUCAAAUAAAAAGAAGAGUUAAAUUUUGUACUCAUACAAUUAUUUAUGCUAAAUUUAUUGUCAAUGAAGAGGAUGACUGUUUCUUAUCAUUGAAAAAUUAUUUACAAUAUGUUGAUCAUGAAAAUGUUAAUGAUUUUUCUUAUUAUGAUGACGACGGUAAAAAAAUUGAUUAUGAAUGUUUGGUAUUUUAUACUGGUGAUUUAAUAUGUCAAAAAUGUGGAGAAAAGGAUACACUUUGUGUUAUGUUAUUACGUGAAUUUUAG